AUGGAAUCUCUUUUUGAUGAUAAAGAGGAGAUCAUACGCGAAUUACGGAAGGAUCCUUUGAUAAUUAAAGAUGACAACCAAAUGGUCAAUGGCAGCGGGCUAGAACUCGAUUCCAAUGACUUACUGCAACAAGAAGCACUCCUAGCUAAUGAGUUGAAUACAUUAGAUAACUUGAAGACACUUUCAAUUCUCAUAACAGAAGUCAAAACUAAUCUAGACCUAUUGGAGCUAAGAAAUUGCUACUAUUCGCUACAAUCAUUGCGGAAAAAGAUGCGUAAUAAUACGGCUUUCAUAAAGCAGAGCUUCAACUUUCAGCAAUCCAUAUCCUCAUAUGUUGACACCUUACAUUUAGAACUUGUUACUGCAUUGUAUACAAUCCUCACCGGAGGUUUUUGGAAGAUCACCGAGAAUACCAUUCAUUUUACGCCCACGGUGAAAUGGGGCAAAGACAAAGUCGAUAUUGGGUACGACACGUUUAUGAACUUUUUGGUUCAGCAAUAUUUUCCUCAGGGUGUCCUGGAUAAUCAAGCCUGGAUCAUUUCAGAUAUGUGCAAUGCUGAUUCUCAAGAGCAGGUAAGAACGAAAUUAUAUGCCAUUUUAAAGGACUAUAUGCAUCUAUCCAGUGUUGUAAACAUGAUCAAAAGUUCAAUUUUCAUACCUGGGAGACAGAUUUCAUAUGAUCGUGAGGAAGGUAUGCUUAUAUUCUCCAAAUCUUCGUCGCACGGCCAGAAUAAUGUCUCCACUGCCUUAGCGAGUUUUGAAACUGUAUGUGAUUUUAUAUUAGAUCGAUUAGCUUUGAGAGACAUGAAGACUUUAAGUUUUGAGCUAGGACACUUAUUUAACACGGAGUUUACCAAAUUCGUCAAAAAUAAUGCAUCAAUAAUUUUGGACUCACUAGAUUCACCACUCAAAGUCCUGGUUUCUGCGACAAAUAACAAAUUGAUUAGGUUGGCUUCGGAAUCUAAAGUCACUAAUUGGUCGUAUUCCGGGAAAGAGAUUCAAGAUUUGUUGAUGAAUAAACAAUUGUAUUAUAAUUUAUUACUGGAUAAAAUUCUUGAAUCGCAUAUUAAUGACAUAAGAAAUAUAUUUGAAGAUCCAAAUAAGAGUUGGCAAGUUUUAGAGACAGUUGGGCUCCAACGUACUUCUAGCAGGAUUGAUACGAUAAGCGAGAAUACAGUGAAUAACAAGGAUAGACAAGAAGGGAAUGAACAACGCACCACGGCACCCAAAGACGAUGAUUGGAACUGGGAGGUAGAUGAUGAUGCUGAUGCCUGGGGUGAUGAAAUUAACGUAGAUGUUGAUGAGGAGGAGGAAAAUAUAACACAAGGGAUGGAAAAAGAACCGGAAGUAGAAGAAAAUGCUUGGGACGAAGCGUGGGCAAUCGACGAAGACGAUAAUGUAGAUGACGCUCCCCUUGCAAAUAAGAAGAAACCGUCGAAGGUUCAUAAUAUAGCAUCAUUCAGUGAAGGCGGUAUUGAAGUUACGCAGUUACCAAAACUGUUUUUGACAAUUUCACAAAAUUUCAAAAGUUCUUUUACAGAUAGCCACGUUGAUGAGCAAUACUUUGCAUACAAAUAUAACCUUUUGCAGACAUCAUACGUGGCUAUGUGCACAGCUAAUAUUUCACACAAUUGGUGUCAAUUAUAUGUGGAUAUGAGGUAUCUAAUAGAAGAAGAUGAAAAACUAUAUAGGAUAAAGGAAUUGACAAGAAACUUGCUGGAAACUAAAUUGAACAUGAAGUAUCGUACUGUUUUCAAGCUAAUCGAGCUUCAGCUAUCUCAAUUUCGUGAAAAUGAAAGGAACCCAUCAUGGGAUACCACCAUGGAAAAACUCCUACCAUAUAUCUUGAAGGAAAUCAUCUAUCCGCUAGAGAAAAUAAAAGGUGAAGAAGGCACCCGUUAUUUAUUAUCCUUCCUGAACUUCUUGUACAACGAUUGCGUGACAAAUGAAAUUUUGAAGUGGCAGAUAAUCUCUGAGGUCAAUUCAGAAAAUUUAGGUGAGCUUGUGUCGUUACUAGUAGACAAUACUGAAAUACAAUUCUUAACAAACGAACGCAGUUACAAGAAUAUGAGAGAGAAGUUCGCGACAACGGGCAAGUUUCUACCUUUGCAUUUGAAGGAAAUCAUGGAAAUGUUUUAUAAUGGUGACUUUUAUCUUUUUGCAACUGGUGAGCUUAUUCAGUGGAUAGAAUUAUUAUUUGCUGAUACACCUCUACGGAGGAAUGCUAUUGAUGAUAUCCAUGAAAUCAGGGGUGCUACUCUAGAUGAUUAA